UUGAGUUGGUGGGGUGGACAAAGACCCAUGCACCAGUCAUCCCAUAAAUAAAAUAUCUGAAUCAUUCACAAAUUUAAUUGAUAUCAACCCCUAACCAAAUAUGACUGAACAGAAUCGUUUUGCUCAAUUUAAAUUAGUACUUUUAGGAGAAAGUGCCGUUGGUAAAUCUUCAAUUGUUCAUCGAUUUGUUAAAAAUACAUUUGAUGAUUUAAGAGAAUCAACAAUUGGGGCAGCCUUUUUAACUCAAUCCAUUAAUUUACCAGAUUUAAAAACCACAAUAAAAUUUGAAAUAUGGGAUACUGCAGGUCAAGAACGUUAUAAAAGUUUAGCUCCAAUGUAUUAUAGAAAUGCAAAUGCCGCGUUAUGUGUUUAUGAUAUCACUAGUCUUUCUUCGUUUAAUAAAGCUCAAGAUUGGAUCAAAGAAUUGAAAAAACAAGCCCCAGAAGGAAUCGUAAUUGCUUUGGUUGGUAAUAAAACUGAUUUAACUGAAAAUCGUCAAGUUGAUAAUGAUGAAGUUUUACAAUAUAUUAAUGAUUUAAAUAAUGAUUCAAAUUCAAAAAUUAUUCAUUCCGAAUGUUCUGCUAAACUGGGUGAAGGGGUCUUGGAUAUUUUUGAUCAAAUUGCAAGAUCUUUACCAAUUGAUGAUAUAAAUAAAAAAGUUAAUGGUAAUAAACGAAUUAGCGGAGUUGAUUUAGGUAGAAAUAUUAAGCAAAAUCAAAAUUUACAACAAAAUAACUCUUGUUGUUAAUAUACACAAUACAUAUACAUAAAUAAAUCCAUACAUUA